UCUUCUCUUAUCCUGCAUGGUGUGCCUUUGGUUCCCUGCAGGCUCCUGGACAGUAAUUCUGACAGUGAUACUGAUGGUGCUGAGCCCACUCCUGGCUUGGGCUGGAGAGACCACAUCACUUUUCAUGGUGCAGGUAAAGUCCGAGUGUCAUUUCUCCAACAGCACGCGGCAGGUGCACUUCCUGGGCAGGUACAUCUAUAACCGGGAGGAGCUGGUGCGCUUCGACAGCCACGUGGGGGAGGACCUGGCGGUGAGCGAGCUGGGGCGGCCGGCCGCGGAGCUCUGGAACCGCCAGAAGGACGCCCUGGAGCGGGCGCGGGCCGCCGGGCACACCUUCUGCAGGAUCAACUACAAGUUCUUGGAGAGCAGCGCUGUGCGGCGGCGAGUUGCACCUACAGUGACUGUGUAUCCUGCAAAGACCCAGCCCCUGUGGCACCACAGCCUCCUGGUCUGCUCUGUGAAUGGUUUCUGUCCAGGCCACACUGAAGUCAGGUGCUUCCAGAAUGGCCAGGAAGAGGAGGCGGGGGUGGUCUCCACAGGCCUGAUCCCUAAUGGAGACUGGACCUUCCAGCUCAUGGUGAUGCUUGAAAUAGUUCCUCAGAGUGGAGACGUCUACACCUGCCACGUGGAGCACCCCAGCUGGACGAGCCCUGUCGCAGUGGAAUGGAGGACACAGUAUGAACCUUCACAAGGCAAGAUGCUGAGUAGACUCGGGGCCUGUGUUAUGGGUCUGCUCUUCCUUGGGGUGGGGCUGCUCUUAAUCAGGAAUUAAAAUGGUAAGGAAGCUGUUAGCAGCUGAGAUGCCCCGCAGGUUUUUUGGAGGAAGAAAUACG